CAAAACUAUAAAUACCAGAAUCGAUGCCAAUAUAUUGUCAUAAGAAGAUCCGCAAAAUGUCUGACAAACUAACCCUAAUAUGUUUCCUAAUUGUCGUGAUUUCGGCGUUUCAGUCGACUCUAUGCGAUGAAGAAACGGAUAAAAUCACGACUAUGUUUAACAAUAGAUGCAAUAAUAAGUUGGAAAAGAGUAUAGCCGUUGAAUACGACAAAUGCGAUUCCGAGGCCAGCGAUUCACUCAAAGACGGUCAAAAAAUGUGCGAAAGAAGUGUGUAAUACAGACGGAAAGUUUGAUAAAAACAGUGUUUGCUGUUAUGCCACAAAACCAAAUGCAAUGUUUGCCUGUUUUGAGAAAACUAUCGCACAAAUAGAGGAAAAUGAUGCAAAAUCUAAAGGAGAAUCAAAGGAUGAGUUGCACCGCAAGAAUAUGCACAACGCCGCUAAAAUUGUUGUAUGUAUUAA